UGUGGUACAUACUAUAUGUACUACAUGUUACAUGAGCCGUAAAGCCACAAGAUACACUAACCCAUUUCUACAAUUCUCCGGUUAAAAGGACAGAUCAACCGCUGAUAAGCAUUUGACCGUGUGAACAUUUGUGUUUUAAUAUGGCUGAGAACAAGCAAACUGACUGUGUAAGUUUCAAAGAGGUGCUCAAGAGCUACCCCCCUGGAGAACCACUUGCUGUACAGUACGAACUUCAAGAAGAAUACACGACUGCCUCGAGAGACUGGGUGGGCUUGUUUCAAGUUGGCUGGACCUCAUCGCGCGACUACUACACAUUUGAAUGGGCACCGACACCUGAAACGAACAAAGGAACAGUGAAAUUUGCCGGCCGAAGACUUCCCCCAGAAGAUUCGCAUUUUUAUCAGUUUUGCUAUGUGAGUUCGAACGGUCGUGUUCGAGGUGCUAGCCCACCUUUUCAAUUCACCUCAGCAUCGAUUUGUAAGCACAACGUGGAUGAUCUAGAGCUGGUCGAGGUGAACGAAGAUAGCUUGAUGGUUCUGCAGGCCAGAUCGAGCAAUGAAACUGAAAUACAACAACAGAUGUCGUCAGUGAUGGAGUCCAUGGGCACGCUAGAGCUAGAGAAGAAGACCCUGAGUGAGCAGAUGUUAACCAUUCAAACUGAGAGUCAGCAGCAGAGUACAGUGUUGAGGGAGAAAGAGACCACCAUUGCUGAUCUGCAGAGGGAGCUCCAGGAUAAAGAUGAGGCUCAAAAGCGAUUGAUCCAGAAACUCGAAAUACAACGCCAAGAAAACAACGAAGUAUUAGCAGUUAAACACGAUGAGGAUGCACAGCUUGCCUUGCUGACCAGCCAACUGGCAUCUAAAGAAGAUGAGAUCACUCAACAGAACUCCACGAUUAUGACGAUUACUGCUGAGAUACGAGAGCUUAAGAGCCAACUUCAGAUUAAGGACAGUCAGGUCGAGGACCUCACUCAAUUGGCUACUACUCGCGGUCAAGAGAAAGAACAACUUAGUGCUGAGGUGGAGAGGAUCACAGAGGAGCUACUUGAUAUUAAGGGAAAGAUGGCCGAGCUUCUUGAACAGUUGGAUCAAAAGGUGAUUGAAAUUGAGCAGUUUAAGUUGAACCUGGAAGAUUCUAAAGCUGAUUUGGAACGAGCUGAGAUGAAGAGUAAUGAACUUCAGCAAGACUUGGACGUUGCACAACAGAACAUCUCUGAGUUGAUGGGACAGGAACAUACUGGAGAGGCAGUAGUGUUUGAGCGACCAACCAUCCUCCCUGAGCCACCCACAGCACCAGCUGCUGCCCCAGGCACUGUAGACUCCACUGUGUACGCAUCUCUUCUUGAGGCCUUUGAAAACGUACAGAAAUACUACGAGGAUGUCAAGAAAGCUAACAUUGAACUACAAAUCAAGAAUGAUGAAAUGACUGCACGCGUGGAAGAGUGUCGAAUGCAAUACGAAAUUAUCGCUGAAGAAAAUACUGAAUUCAAGAAGAAAAGUAAGACAAGCAGUGCUCAGAUCAAAGAGCUGGAAGAGCAGCUUGAAGACAUCUCCCAGGGCUGUGGCGCUGCAGUCACUCAGCUAUCCUCACGCAAAGUGGAUAUUCAAGCCAAAGAUGAUAAAAUUUUUGAUUUGGAGGAGACGCUUCGUCAAGCUCAGCAAGAGCUCGAAAGUUUCCAAGACCGAUACGACCGCGAGAUGCAGCGAAGGACCGAGGCGUGUGAUAUCCAAAAGGCUGCCCUUGAUGAUAAAAUAAAGGAGCUGCAAACCACACAAGGGGAAGUUCAAAAGCUUCAACUGGCCAAUGCUCAACUGAACCAACAACUAGAGGGGCUCAAAACCACAGCCAAGCAUGCUGAUCGCACUUGCCCCGUGUGCAACACCAAGUUUCCUGCUCGAAUGAGGCAGCAAGACUUUGAAAACCAUGUUCAAGGACAUUUCAGAAGCUAACUGACUUGCAUAUGCAUGUACUUAAGCUGAGCAAAACUGUUCUGACUGAUUUACAUUUACCUAUUAAUUUUAUCUGUAUAUGUGGAAGACUUAAAUUAUGUUAUGUACUGCAACACAGUAGUGUUUUCCCCUAUAAUUUAUGAUUAUUUCCAUUUGGUCACAAUAUUAAUAUAAGCGUAUGCACAAAUUAUAGUCAAUUAUUUGUCUUAUAAAAUUUAUAUUGUUCAUGC